AUGAAUAUCUGGGAGAUCGAUCUUUGUGGCAAAAGUAUAGCAAACUCAGUUAGUUUCAUAGAGAUUUUCGCUUAUUAUCCAGAUAUGAUUAAUGAAUUGCAGGGAUUAUUUGUGAUACUUAUCUUAUUUCUGUUUAAUAAUAUUUAAUUCAUGCAAUUAUUAUCUCUAAACUCAAACUCAAAUAUAUAAAUUGAGGAAAUUCAAACCGAUAAGAAAUAUUAAGAAGAUACCAAACAAUUACUCUAAAUGAAGGUCUAAGACUUUCACAAGAAAAUGUAAAAAGAGAGGAAUGAAAAUUUAUUUAAAAAAAAAAGAUCAAUGGCUGCUUAGCCUCCAAUUUUAUAAGACGAUCAACCCUAUCCCUAUGUACUUGAUGAAAAUGAUUUUGAAGAUGAGGAAACUUAUCAUAUGAACAAUUUUGAAGAAAUUCAAAAGGAGCUCGAAGCAUUUUACUCAUAUUAAAUUUGA